AUGCUUGGCCGUCAGGAAGAGGCAUAUUCCAUCAUCAAAAUUCUGCUUGCAGCAGGUUGUGAUCCCAAUGUUUGGUGCCGUUCGAGGAAGGCCCCUUUACAGCAUGUUGCUCAAGCUCCUGCGGCUAUGGAAAUUGUCCGCCUUUUUCCAUUUUCACUUGCCUUGGAAAGCAGCAAUGAGCCGUUCAUCAAUUACGCUUUCGAGCAGGGCAUUGCUUUUGAUACCGAUGUCAUUCUGAAUGUGGUACAUGAAAUCGCUGGACAGGAGAAGCGAAUGGCGUCUCGCGUCUCCGUGACUUAUCCCGCACUCAUUCAAGAGAUAGAUAUAAAUGGGAAUUGGGAUCUCAAUGGCUGCCCCCUUUCACUGAUUCUCGCGCUUGAACGAGACAAUGUCAUAAAAUACCUCAUUAACAAGGGCUUUGAUGUUGUACCCGCGUCACAUCAUGGGAAUGAUUAA